UUGGCUUAGCGGAACUAGGAACUACUUGAAAUGUAAAAAUGUUCAAGCCGGAGCUGAAAAGGCAAACUUGGCAGCAACUUGGAAGGCUCACGUAAUUAUGCGCCUUGCACCGUCGCCGAUCCUGGUCCACCUUCUCCUCUAUUACCUGCUCUUGAUCCCGACGGUCUUCUCUAUCAACUACCAGUCAUCCUCCAAUUGCCAGCAGUCGCAGCCAAGACAGCAGUCCUUGGAUCAGUCCGAUAACCAAAUGGGCAAAAUGGGCAUGCGGCUCGGCAACUCCAAGCAGACCGCCACCAACAUCGCUCAGAAGGCCGCCCAGGAGGCCAAACAGGCCUCGGACACCCAAGCUCCCGCCGCCUUAGCCGCCGCCCGCCAGGUGAAGCAACAGCUGGCCGAGAAGGCCAUUGCAGCCGCCAAGGCCGCCGAAGCUGCGCUGGCGGGGAAGCAGCAGCUCCUCGAGCAGCUGCAGGACGAGGUCCACGAGGCGGAGAUCAUCGUCCAGGAGGAGAGCAACUCGUUGGUCAGCUCGCAGACACAUCUUAAAGCCGCUGUUGCCACCGCCAAACAAGCUCAGUCGCUGUUGCAGUCGCUGCAAAACUUGGUCAAAAUCGCCAAGGAAGCCGUAUUAAGCGCAGAGGCAUCGGCUUCCGGUGCCCAGAGUGAGUUGCACGAGAAAAGCCAGCUUGUGGAAUCCGCUCGCCAGCGGGCAGAAAUGCUGGCUCAGCAGAUGCACUCCGCCAAACAGGACUACGCCAACACGAAGAAGGCCGCUUACCGAGCAAUUUGUGCCGCCUCCGAGGCGAGGCAAAAGGCAGGUCGGGACCGAAGGACCACCGUGGUAGCAUCCGGACAGCAGCAGGAAAAGGAGCGCCAACGACAGGUACAAAAACAGGAGCAAACGUACAAGGGACAACCGGAAGAAUGGGAAUACAACGAGCUGGAAUACUCGCCACGUAGGCUUAGCGGAACUAGGAACUACUUGAAACGUUAAAAUGUUCAAGCCGGAGCAAACUUGGCAGAUACUUGGAAGGCUCACCUACCAGCCAUCCUCCGAUUGCCAACAGUCGCAGCCAAGACAGCAGUCCUUGGAUCGGUCCGAUAACCGCAAAACGGGAAACUCCAAGCAGACCGCCACCA